GCUGGUUUACUGCUAUGUCCACAAAUAACUGAUGGAACCCUGUUGAAUAAGUUAGCAACACCUCCAAAAACACUUCUUGGUACUGAAACCAUUGCUCAUGUGGGUCUCAUCUACAAUAUCUUCCUAACAGGCUUGGAGAUGAACUUAGACACUGUCCUACUAGCACGAAAAAAGGCCACAACCAUUGCUGUGGCUGGCACUCUCAUUCCAAUGGCAUUAGGGUAUGCCAUAUAUUCUUUGGCUCAAGUUCUCUACACAACACCUACUAAAGACAUGUCAUGUUAUGGCACAGCUAGUGCAUAUUUAUUUUGGGCUUUGGUUCUUAGUGUCACAAACUAUCCUGUUCUUGCCCACAUUCUUACGGAUCUUAAGAUCCUCUACACGGGGCUUGGUAGAGUGGCCAUAACUGCAGCCACAAUUAAUGAUUUCUACAAUUGGGCAAUGUUUGUGUUGUUGAUUCCAUAUGCCACUCACAGUGAAAGGCCCUUUGUUUCAGUGGUUUUGACAAUGGGUUUUGUCCUUUUUUGCUACUCGGUGUUACGCCCCUUUCUUAGCCGAUUGAUACUUAAAAUAACGGAAAAAAAUGAGUGGGACAAUUACAAGUUAUCCUUUGUGCUCGUAGGCACUUUGGCUUGUGCACAUGUUACUGAAAUGCUUGGUACACACUCCAUUGUUGGGGCCUUGGUGUAUGGCUUGGUUCUUCCUCGCGGGAAAUUUGCUGACAUGUUGAUGGAAAGGUUAGAUGAUCUUGUCUCUGUGUAUUUGGCACCCUUGUUCUUUGUUAGCUGUGGCGUGAGAUUCGACUUCCGCAGUUUUCAACUGCACAAAUUACAUAAAGUGGCCAUAAUUGUGGUCUUGUCAUGCUUCGCAAAGAUUUCAAGCAUUAUAAUAGCUACAAGCUUCUAUAAGAUGCCCUUUCGAGAUGGUGUGGCACUUGGAGCGCUUAUGAACACCAAAGGCAUCUUGCCAUUAGUAAUGCUAAACAUUGCAGUUGACAGGAAGAUGAUGAGUAGGGAUUUCUAUACAGCCAUGGUGACGGCUAAUGUUCUGAUGACUAUAUUGGUGUCUCCUACCAUCAACUACAUAUACAAGCCAAGCAAGAAAUUUGAGAAAGACAAGUUAAGAACCAUACAAAACUUGAGGGCUGAUGCUGAAAUUCGAGUUUUGGUUUGUUUCCACAACACGCGGCAAGCAACAGGAAUGAUCAGCAUCCUUGAAGCUUGUAGUGCACCUAAUGUUACCCUUUUACAUGUGUUUGCUGCUCAACUCAUUGAGCUUAAAGGACGUGGCACUGCCUUUCUGGUUGACCUUGACCAAACAAGUUCCCACCAAUCAUUACAAGCAGACAUGGACAACGUCACAAACAUUUUCUCAGAAUUCGCAAGGGAAAAAAGCCAAACUAGCGUGGAGAAUCUCAUUGCCAUGUCCUCCUAUGACACCAUUCACAAGGACAUCUACAACAUAGCAGAAGAGAAACGUGCGUCUUUAAUCAUCCUUCCCUUUCACAAACAAGUAAGCGGGGAUGGUGAUCUCGAGGUGUCAAACACUGCAUUCAAAGAGAUAAACCAAAACGUGAUGCAAUGUGCACCAUGUUCUGUGGGAAUCUUGGUUGAUCGUGGACAUGGUUCACUUUCCAAAGCUAACUUGCGUGUUGCUGUGCUCUUCAUUGGUGGCCCUGAUGACCGUGAAGCCUUGGCUAUUGCUUGGAGAAUGGCAAAGCAUCCAGGGAUCCAUCUUUCCUUGGUGCAUAUUCUUUUGUUUGGAAAAGUUGCUGAAGUGGAUACAAAUGUAGCAUCCCUUGAUGAACCUCAAGGGCUAUUAUCCACGGUUCUAGACAGUGAAAAGGAGAAGGAGUUGGAUGAAGAGUAUGUGAGUUUGUUUAGACUCAUGGCAGUCAGCAAUGAGGAUUCCAUUAUCUAUUCAGAGAAGCAAGUGCACACUAGUGAUGAUAUUCCUUCAGUGUUUAAUGAGUUGGACAAAGAGGGCUAUGAUUUGUACAUUUUGGGACAUGGAAAAGGGAGGAACUCUAUGGUGCUGUCAAAUUUGUUGGAAUGGACUGAUUGCCCUGAACUUGGGGUUAUUGGGGACAUGUUGGCUUCAAAUAGUUUUGGUUCCUAUUCUUCAGUGCUUGUGGUGCAACAAUAUGGGUUUGGAGGAACAAACUUUAGGACAUGCAAAAGAGUAAAUUCAAACAAUAGGGAUGUUGAAGCGCUUUUUGGAAAGCCCGAGUAGAAUCAAUAUGUUGGUGAUUAUAUAUGAGUUUUGAAAAUGAAAAGGAUUAGCUAGGAAUGAAAUGCAAAGAGGAUCGUGCAGCAUCAGCUAAGGCAUGCAUGCAUGCAAGAAACUUGAAACUUGAAAUAUGCAGCGUGCUAGCUGCCCAAGAAUUGAGAUUGAAAUCUCCAAGUCAAUCCAUAAAACAAUUACAUUGUGGAGAAUUGUAUGGAUCAGUUGUAUCUCUCGCUGUAAAUACAAAUGUCUAGCAUUUUGGUAUAACACUUCCAACUUCCAACUCAUUUCAUGCUAUAUGAAUGACAGAAACUGUUUGAAAUGAAAUGUA